AUGUGUCACACCAGCUGCUCCUCAGGCUUCCAGCCAGCCUGCUGUGUGUCCAGCCCCUGCCAGCCAGCCUGCUGUGUGUCCAGCCCCUGCCAGCCAGCCUGCUGCAGGCCUGCCAUAUGCAUUCCUGUGAGGUGCCAGGUAGCCUACUGUGUGCCUGUGAGCUGCAGGCCCACUGUGUGCAUGGCUCCCUCCUGCCAGUCCUCUGUGUGUGUGCCCGUGAGCUGCCGGCCUGUCUGUGUGAGCUCCUCCUGCCAGUCAUCCGGGUGCUGCCAGCCCUCCUGCCCCACCCUGGUGUGUAGACCUGUCACCUGUAGCACUCCCUCCUGCUGCUGA